CUCUCUAAUGAAAGAAAUUGAUUCAUCACGUUUGUUUCACAUAUGGACUCUGCUUUCAUUGUGAUCCUCACACAACAACAACAGCAACAGCAUUAAACAUCAUCUAAACAGAUAUAAGAAUCAUAUUCAUGAUAGUCAUUGUUAUAGUGAACGAUUCAAGUGUCGGUCGACUUUGUAUUGAACAUUGAGAACGAAGAAGAUUAAAUAGCAUUUAAUAAGAGUGAAAAGAAAUCAGCCUCUCGUUGCUAACAUAUUCUGUAGCGCUCCAAUUUAAAUCGAUUCCUGAAUUCUUCUUCUCGUGACAUUUUGGAGCAACAGUUGCAAAGAUGGUGUCCAGCACAAUUGAAAAAACAUACGAAGACGAUAAGUUCAUCAAAUCUGAAGGUGACAAGCGCAAGUACCGUGGUCUGGAAAUCAGCAACGGAAUGAAGAUCCUGCUGAUUAGUGAUCCUGAAACAGACAAAUCUGCUGCCGCCAUUGACGUCCACAUUGGUGAUAUGUGUGACCCCAAAGACUUACCUGGUCUUGCACAUUUCUGUGAACACAUGUUGUUCCUUGGAACCACGAAAUAUCCUCAGGAAAAUGAAUAUUCAAAGUUUGUCACUAACCAUGGUGGUACGUAUAAUGCCUCUACAUCCCCAGAACACACCAACUUCCACUUUGAAGUAAACCCAGCUGGACUUCAAGGUGCACUGGACAGAUUCGCCCAAUUCUUCAUCUCUCCCCUCUUCACCCCUUCUGCGACGGAGAGAGAAGUGAAUGCUGUUAACUCAGAACACAACAAGAACAUCCAGGACGACAACUGGAGGCUGCAACAGUUGGAGAGAACGGUUUCGGACCCAAGUCAUGACUACUGCCGUUUUGGAACAGGUAACAAAGGGUCAUAUCCUAAAAAAAAAAAAAGCAGAAAUAUUAAAAGAUUCACAACCAUUUUAAAAUUCUGUCAGUCCUGUUGUUUUUCUCAGACCAUUCCUAUUGAAUGUUUUUUUUUUUUAUUGCUUUCAGAAUCCCUUGAUGAACUGACUUCAAUGGUUCUACCAUUGUUUGAUAAAGUUGUCAAUAAAAAUGUUGAGAUUCCUGUUUGGAAUGAACAUCCAUGUGGCAGUGAACAAGUGAAGACCAGAGUUAUUACGGUGCCUGUAAAAGACCUCAGAAAUUUAGCCAUUGUUUGGCCAAUUCCUGAUAUCCAAGCUUACUAUAAAUCCAAUCCCGGAUUUUAUUUGGCACAUUUACUUGGACAUGAAGGACGCAACAGUCUCCAUGCUGAGCUGAAAGCUAAAGGUUGGGUGAACACCCUUUAUGUCUACAUCAAAUCAAGGGUCCAUGGCUUUAUGUUCUUCACUCUUGCAGUAGAUUUAACAGAAGAUGGAAUGGAGCAUGUCAACGACAUCGUCACAUUGACCUUCCAGUAUCUGAACAUGUUGCGCAAAGAAGGGCCCCAGGAGUGGAUAUUUAAAGAAUUUCAGAGUCUCAGCAAUAUGACAUUCCGCUUUAAAGACAAAGAGAAUCCUCGUAAUUACGUGGUUCACUUGACAGACAAUCUCCAGACUUUUGAAAUGACUGAUGUUUUGUGUGGUGAGGAUAUCUGGCGUGAGUAUCGUCCUGACUUGAUAAACGAGAUUCUGGCUCUGCUUAUUCCUGAGACCGUCAGAAUCUUUGUCAUUGCCAAAUCAUUUGAUGGAAAAACUGACCAGAAGGAACAUUACUAUGGCACUGACUAUAAAGUUGAAAAAAUUGAUGAAUCUGUCUUGGAGACAUGGAGAAACUGUGAAACGCAUGAAAACCUUCAGCUUCCAAUCCCAAAUGAAUUUAUUCCAACCAAUUUUGAAAUCUUUAAAAGAGAGAAAGAUUCAUCUCCUUUGCCAGAAAUUAUAAAGGAUUCCACAAUGUCACGGUUAUGGUUCAAACAAGACGACAAGUUCCUGCUUCCUAAAGCCUACCUCAGUUUUGAAUUCCGAAGUCUUCUCGCUAACGUCGACCCCGUUCACACUAAUAUGACCGUGCUGUUUUUGAGUGCCUUCCGCGAUGCCCUCAACGAGUACACCUACCAUGCUGAAAUCGCAGGACUUUUCUAUUCUUUGGACAUCACAUCGUAUGGACUCGGACUUUAUGUCCAAGGUUACAACGAUAAACAAUCAGUUUUGUUGAAGAAAAUCAUGGAGAAGUUUCUUAAUUUUACUGUAGAUCCAAAGCGUUUUGCUAUUCUCAAGGAAUCGUAUAGUCGGACUUUGAGUAACUUUGCUGCUGAGCAGCCCCACCAACACACCAUGUAUUAUCUGACUAUUUUAAUGACUGAACAAAUGUGGACCAAACAACAACUGCUGGAAGCAGUCGAAGACAUCACCUGUGAUGAUCUUCAGGCUUUUAUUCCGUUACUGCUGUCUAAGAUGUAUAUUGAGGGCCUGGUCUAUGGAAACACUUCUCAAGAGAAAGCCUUGGAUCUGUUGAAUAUGAUAGAAGACAUGUUGCUAGAGAAAUCGGUGAAGCCACUGCCUCACAGCCAGCAGCGAUUUUACCGAGAACAUCAACUCUUGGAUGGUGACCACUAUUUAUACAAAGUGACCCAGGAUGUGUGGAGCAGCUCAGCUGUGGGCAUCUACUUGCAGACCGGAGUCCAGAGCACUCAGUCCAACAUGAUCUUGGAACUGUUCUGUCAAGUCAUCAAGGAAUUCUGCUUUACUGUGCUACGUACACAAGAACAACUGGGUUACUUAGUCCACAGUGGUAUUCGAAGGUCAAGAGGGGUCCAGGGAAUGCUGCUGAUGGUCCAGACUGACCACUCUGCUGAUCAUGCAGAAGGACGGAUGGAAGCAUUCUUACAUUCUGUGAAGAACUACUUGGACAACCUAACCGAGGACGAAGUGUCAGUGAAUAUCCAAGGCUGGGCAGGGAAACGCCUGGAGGCCCCCAAGGAACUCCUCACACAGAAUUACAAAUACUGGGUCGAGAUAACAAGUCAACAGUACAACUUUGACAGAGAUAAUAUUGAAGUUGAAUAUUUGAAAACUCUUACCAAAGCAGACCUGAUUAAUUUCUAUAAUAUCAAUGUCGCCUACGAUGCCAUUUCUAGACAUAAGUUAACUGUACAUGUGGUGCCCUCUAGUGUCGUUCAGAAGGUCAACGAAACCUGCACCAAGUCCCAGGAGGGUCUCUCCCCAAUUCCGCCAUUCCAGAAGCCAACUGAGAUCUCUGACAUCGUAGCGUUCAAACGAAGCCUUGCUCUCUACCCAUUGCCCAAGCCUUUCAUAGACAUCACAAAAACAGCCAAAUCUAAGUUGUGAGUCACGCGACGCCACUGACUGUUCACCUUUCCUCUUCAGCUCUUCUCACUUUUAAUCUUUUUUAGUUCCCAUUUGCUCUAUUUGAGAGCAAACUGUUAACCUUCAGCAAACAGUACCGUCACUCUCAACACUGCCGAUAUAUACAUAUAUAUACAUAUAU